CCUACUUCACACUCAGCUCAUUCAUCUCACUCUCUCAAAUCUCCAGAUUUUCUCCACGCGCAUCUUUGAUCCGAAUUCGCGAGCUACGAUGGCGUCGGAAGGAAUUUUGCUCGGAAUGGGGAAUCCGCUCUUGGAUAUCUCCGCAGUCGUCGAUCAAGAUUUUUUAGACAAAUAUGAUGUGAAAUUGAACAAUGCGAUUCUGGCUGAGGAUAAGCACUUGCCGAUGUACGAAGAAAUGGCAUCCAAGUUCAAGGUGGACUUCAUCGCUGGAGGGGCUACUCAGAACUCAAUCCGAGUUGCCCAGUGGAUGCUUCAAAUUCCUGGUGCAACCAGCUACAUGGGUUCCAUUGGAAAGGACAAAUUUGGGGAGGAAAUGAAGAAAAAUGCAAAGGAAGCUGGCGUUAAUGUUCAUUACUAUGAAGAUGAAUUGCCUACUGGCACUUGUGCUGUAUGCGUGCUUGGUGGUGAAAGGUCACUAAUUGCCAACUUGUCAGCUGCCAAUUGCUACAAACCCGAUCAUUUGAAGAAACCAGAGAACUGGGCUUUGGUGGAAAAGGCCAAAUACUACUAUAUGGCUGGUUUUUUCCUCACCGUUUCCCCUGAAUCUAUCUUGCUUGUCGCUGAGCAUGCAGCUGCUAACAACAAGAUUUUUGCAACAAACCUGUCUGCUCCAUUCAUCUGCGAGUUCUUCAAGGAUGCGCAAGAGAAAGUAUUACCGUACAUGGACUUUGUUUUCGGAAAUGAAACCGAAGCAUUAACUUUCUCCCGAGUUCAUGGCUACGAGACUGAAAGCAUUCCAGAAAUAGCCUUGAAGAUCUCCCAAUUGCCAAAGGCAUCUGGAACACACAAAAGAAUUACUGUCAUCACACAGGGUGCGGACCCUGUUGUGGUCGCAGAGGAUGGAAAGGUUACGUUGAUCCCUGUCAUUCCGUUGCCAAAGGAGAAACUCAUCGAUACCAACGGUGCAGGUGAUGCGUUUGUCGGGGGAUUUCUGUCACAAUUGGUUCUUGAGAAGCCGAUUGAAGAGUGCGUAAGAGCGGGUUGCUACGCAGCUAACGUGAUUAUUCAGAGGUCGGGCUGCACGUACCCAGCGAAGCCAGAUUUUAAAUAAGUCUCUCUAAUUUCUAUUCCUUCUUCCUAAAUCCUAGUUGAAUUUUGAAAUGAUCUCAAACUUAUACACUAUUAUUCUAUCUGAGUUGUUUCUGGGGAAACCUAUUGUUUGAGACAAUUAAGAGUGUUGUAUCUUUUUUUUAUUGUUGCUUUAUAAUCAUAUUUUAUCUAAAUCAAAUGUUUCCAUCUUUGAAUAA